AUGAGCUUUCCAGUACCUUCCAGAGUACCUACUGAAGUUGAGCUCCAGAACCGAUCUAGAAGUACCUCUGAAGUGAGCUUCUUCCAAACCAACGAAGCACUGACCGACCCCAGGUGCCUGGCACCUUUCGGUAACUUCCCAGAUGGCAGUCACUGUGACCGCUACGUUUCGUGCUGGGCAGGGCGUGGUUUCACCCAUCUCUGUGGCACCAACCUGGUCUUCAAUCCUAGUAGCAGGUCCUGUCAGGCUGGUACUAGUUGCCCAGGGUUGACUGUGGGUUCUCCUGACUCGGGACAGACUGUUCGUCUGAGUGGAGGUCGUGGGCCCUGGGUAGGCCUAUUACAGGUCAGGUAUCAAGAUAAAUGGGCCUAUGUUGACGCCAGAGGCUCGGCCCAGGAGCUAGGGCAGCUGGUCUGCAGGCAGCUGGGAUUUGUUGGGUACGAGUCCGGCAGCGCGGUGAUAGCGCCUGGCAGCGGCGGCAGCACGUCUGGCAACGAGGGUUCAGCAGUGGUACAAAUAGGGUGUCCAGGAGCUGUAGCCUCACUCAACAGGUGCAGCCUCAGUGCCUGUACCUCUUGUAGACCUAACACCACUGUACUAUCUAUCAGGUGUGGAAGGUCCCCGACUCACAGGUGCCCCUCCCAGGGGACCACAGCUGGAGACCGACCUUGGGAGAGGUGGCAGGACCACUGCUUCAUGGUCCUGGACAACUUCAGGGCCACCAGGACUUCAGCCCAGGUCAUGUGUCAGGAGAGAGGAGCUCAACUACUGAGUGUCAGCACCCAGGCUGAACACGAGUACGUAUCAGAAUUACUCGGAAGUGCCAUUAACGACCUUGAAUUCUACACCGAUGGUAUGGGCGUUCCCGUGGGCGGCGUGAGGGUGUGGGCAUGGGGAACCACCCAUCAACCACUUAACCACUCCAAGUGGUGGCCAGGCUGGAACAACACUGGAAGGAGGAGCACCAUCCAGGCUCCAGGGCUGACCACCUCCUCUUGUCUGGUCCUUAAGAAGUACUUCCCACUGACGGAUGGUUCGGGCAGUGUCUACGACAGUGGUUUCUACUACUUCCACGCCAGUGACUGUGAGAGCAAGAGGCCUUUUGUGUGUAUGGCGACUGUGAAGGAAGUAGGAACAACGAGGGGUAACCAGACACUCACAGGAGCUGUGAAUCGACCCCUGCAACCUAACAUAGAUUGUUACGAGGGUGAUGGCACAGCCUACUCAGGUCAGGCCUACCUCACAACAUCAGGUCGGACCUGCCUCAUGUGGACGGAUCCUCGGAUCAACACCCUGGAAGGGGCCCGCUCCUACUCCAGGGCCCGUAACUUUGACCUGGCUCUCAUAGGGGCCCAUAACUACUGUAGGAACCCUGAUGGGGCCCCUAAACCUUGGUGCUUCGUUGAGCCUACUCUUUCUGAAGCCUGUGACCUGCCUUCCUGUAGUGACCUGGCUUCCGUGUCGCCUAGUCCAGCUUCGCUAAGAACGACCACAUUCCUGCGACCACUCAAGACCACCAGUACGACCACCACAACCACCUCCCUCCCAGCCUUCACUACCACAACUACCACCACUACCACAACUACCAGCAGGUCUAUCACCACUGCUGCCAAGGUGCGGUGCAGGGCUGACGAACACAUGUGUGAGGGAUCAAACACCUGUCUAGACCAGAAAAACAUCUGCGACGGUGAUAGACAGUGUCCCAGAGGUGACGACGAGCACCUGUGUAAGAGGUUCCUGCAGAUAAACCCCCCUGCCUCUCCACCAAUCAGGUGUCAUCUGAGUAGCAACGACGUGGCAGCCUCGGGACUGACCUCUUCGGACGAGGAAGAAUUUUACGAACUGAGAAGUCGCCGUGCCGCCUGUGGGAUGCGCUUCCGCUGUCACAACGAGCGCUGUGUCACCCGCGACAAGCUGUGCGACGGUGUCGACACCUGUGGUGACAACAGUGACGAGGCUGACUGCAGCUUGAGUACCAAACACGAGCUUAAGCUUGUUGGGGGCCAGGGGCCUCAUGAAGGCAACAUACAGGUGAAGGUGGAUGGUGAAUGGGGCUACGUGUGUGACGAUGGUUUUGGGUUCGAGGCUGCAGAUUUAGUGUGCAGGAGCCUGGGCUACCCAGCAGCGCAAGUCUUUACCAGGAACAAUAAGUUCGGCAGCAACGACUCGGCUUGGCGUCGUAGCAGACCUAAGUUCUGGCUGGACAAGUUGUCAUGUACUGGACAUGAGAACUCUCUGUUCCAGUGCCCAUCCAGUGGUCUGGGUGUUCAUGACUGUGGUGCUACAGAGAUAGCUGGUGUUGUAUGUCGAACAACAGCCACCCUGUGUGCCACAGACCAGUUCCAGUGUGGAACACCUAGGUUACACACCUGUGUGUCCAGGACUCAGGUGUGUGACGAGGCUAAGGAUUGUUUUGACGGCAGUGACGAGGCACCAAGUUUGUGUGACGACGUAGGGGUAACUCGCUUAAUUACCACUAGUAGUCACCUUACUGGUACAACUGCUGGUACUGUUUACAUUAAACACUUUGGUCGCUGGGGGACGGUUUGUGAUGAUGGUUUUGAUGAGACCCAUGCUAAGGUAGUGUGUCGUAGUCUGGGGUACGAGAGUGGCUGGGCAGUGCCCUACCCUCGGGCAUUCUUUGGUCGUGGUACUGGUGACAUUAUACUGGACGAACCUGGCUGCAAAGGAGGAGAGUCGUGGCUGGGUGAGUGCCUUGGUGUUGUCUGGGGUCUUACUGACUGCGACCACGCUGAAGACGUUGGUGUGCUCUGUUCUGACGAGAUGGAGGUGCGACUGAGCAACGGACCAACAGCUAACUCCGGCAGGGUUGAGGUCAAGCUCUCGGGCCAGUGGGGCACCAUCUGUGAUGAUGACUUUGAUGACUAUGAAGCAAAGGUUGUAUGUGGUAUGCUGGGGUACCAUGGUGAUGCUGUAGCACACAAACAAGGACGGUACGGACAAGGUACAGGACCAGUCUGGCUGGACUCAAUGGACUGUUUGGGUACAGAGUCCGAUUUACGACUCUGUAAGAAGUCCCAGCCAGGAGCCUCAGACUGCACUCACUCUGAGGACGCUGCUGUGACUUGUUACUCUGUUAGACGUGGAAGGAUCAACAUAGGCCUACAAACAGCCCUCCCAGACGGCUGUGGUCAGAGGCCAGACUCGUCCUCCAGUUUCCUUAUAGACAACUUCGCCAAGAUCAUUGGAGGAAGUACUCAACAACCCUUGGAACAACCCUGGCUGGUAUCCCUGCAACUACGAGAGGAGGGUAAACUGAAGCAUAAUUGUGGAGGUGUUGUGAUAGCAGAAGACUACGUACUGACAGCUGCCCAUUGCUUUAAAGUCCACGGAAGACAUAGUUAUGUUGUCAGGGUGGGAGAUUACUCCCUGAACACCAGGGAGAAUGAUCAGGAGGAUUUCCAGAUAGAGAAGCUGUGGAUGCACGAGGAUUUUGACACCACGGUGGAGUUCAACAAUGAUCUUGCUGUCCUCAAGGUGGCCAGGAAGAAUGGUCGUGGUAUCAGGUUUGGACAGAGUGUGCAGCCAGCCUGUCUACCCAGCGAGGAGGCCACCUAUAAUGGUCUAACAGACUGUAGUAUAACCGGCUGGGGCACUACGUCAGAGAGAGCACCUCCCGUACCCCAGGAUCUACCACGUACAGGACAGGUUCAAGUCUACGACAUGCCCUCCUGCAUUGGACAGAACAAAUAUGGCAUGUUUGAGGUCACCUCUGGCAUGGUGUGUGCUGGGAAUCUCGACGGUCGUAUUGACACCUGCACAGGAGAUUCCGGUGGCCCUCUGACCUGUAAGGUCAAUGGAAGGCACGUUCUGUACGGCAUCACCUCCUGGGGUAAGGGAUGUGGACGCCGUGGCCAGCCAGGGAUGUAUACAAAAAUUACUAAGUUCCUCAGAUGGAUCCACGAUAUUAUCGUCUGAGCGUGUGGCCACUCUGACGGUUUUUCCACUACUCAUGGAUCUCGCUAUCCCGUGUCAGGCUUGAGAUAGUGGUGGCUCCACAGGUGGGGCACAAGUCAAGUCUGUACUCAGUAGUGGGUAUUAUCCAGUGUUGUGAUGUACUCUAGUGGUGGGCCACAAGUCAAGUCUGUACUCAGUAGUGGGUAGUAUCCAGUGUUGUGGUGUACUCCAGUGGUGGGCCACAAGUCAGGUCUGUACUCAGUAGUGGGUACAAUUCAGUGAUGUUGUGACAUAAUCGAGUCAGACUUGAGUUAGUGGGAGCUCCAGAGAUGGGCCACAAGUCAAGUUUGUACUCAGUAGUGGGUAGACUCCAGGGUUGUGACAUACUCCAGUAGUGAGCCACAAGUCAGGUCUGUACUCAGUAGUAGGUAGAAUCCAGUGUACUGUGACAUACUCAAGUCACAGAAGUCAGGUAUGUACUUUAAGCCGUAAACAGUAGUCAGUGCUAAGACACACUCAAGUCACACUUGCGUCCCUGCUACUCCUAAGUAGUAGCAAACAGGCGACACCUGAGGAACCACAUAGUUCCUGCCAGUGUCCCCGUAAGCCCGACUGUGAGAAUCGUUAUGUGUAUUAUCUUCUAAGAAAAAUAAUACACAUAAGGUAGGUAGUCAGUUGUUAGGGUAGGAUAAGAGCUUACCAGGAUAGCAAUUGCAACUUCAAACAUUCCAUUAUCAUUGUUGUCGUGUUAGACAGCCAACCAACCUCCAUUAUUGUGAUAUUUGUAUCAACAUACAGAACUGUUAAAAGAUAUGUGUGCUGAAUAACUAGAGUAUAAUUAUCACUUGUCAGUGCUCAAUAAUAACUCACAUGGAGACACAAACUUAGAGAUUAAUCUGUAUGUUUCGACCUCCUCCUGGGGUUCUCUUCAGCUGAAAGGAUCCCACAAGAGGGUCGAAAUAUACAGAUCAAUCAACCUCCUGCGUUUCAGUCUCUAUGUGGGUUAGUUUUUAGCAUACGUGUGGUGUUAUCUAGGAAGAAUGACUGUACUGAAGGUGCAGUAUGAGUGUGUGUAUGUGUGAAAGAGAGAGAGAGAGAGAUUUUAUACUGAUACUUAAGCAGUGACUGAACAUGAAAUAAAUAUUGCUCAUGUAUGAAAGCAAACAGUACAGAGGUACCUGGUGAUACAUCAGUUAUGUAUACUUGUUAUACAUGAAUAAUACAUCCCUAAACCCCUCCCAACUUAUAUCCUUACAUGCUCCACAUAUCACAAGAAUCAACCAGGACUGACUCAAACAUUAGAUUCACUUGCAAAUUUCUUUCACACAGUCAAAAUAGAACAAGUUUUAGUUAAACAUCUGUUGUGCACCUCACACCCUUCCAGUAGUCAAAAAAUUACAGAGGUACACAAUGGGUCCAGGGACUGUACCUCAACAUUACAGAGAUACACAAUGGGUCCAAGGACUGGGCCGCAAAGUCUUGAUAGUUGGACAAGUUACAAUGGCAAUUAACUAUUUACAUGUUUAUAUCUGGUUACAAUCGUUUUUCCCUUAAGUAAAAAACACAUGUGAUCUCAAGGUUACCAUUCCUGGCUGGUGUGUUGUUAUGGGAGGCCUAUUAACAUCUGUACCAUACAGAAACCUAACAAAAAAGCUUUGAACAUCAGUAGUAUAGCACUUAGGAGCAUUUAUUUCCAUACUGUUCAGGUAUACUGCACGGUGGGAAUCCCUUGUUGAUUACAAUACAAGACAAAGUUACGAGAUGUGUGAGGUUCUCUUGUUUCCUAAUAUCAUGUUUAUUUUUCCUUUAUAAUCUACUUUAUCCAUAAUUACUGUAGGUAGUAGGUUGGUAGACAGCAACCAC